AUGCUGUGUGGGAGUGAGAUAGCAGAGGCAGAGCGAAUUUGGAUAAAGUCCUCCCAAGAUGAACUUAAGAGUAACAGAAACUACGAGGAUUUAGCCACAAAGCUGAAAUUGAUGGACCAUGGUGGACUCUUGAGAUGCAAGGGCAGAUUGGAAAAUUCGGAUUUGGAACCAGAGUCACAACAACCCAUUAUCAUUCCAAGGGACCACAAGCUGACGAAACUAAUGAUCGAGGAAUGUCAUCGAAGGACGCAGCACAGUGGAAUACGGGCAACACUUGGAGAGCUGAGGUCGCGGUUUUGGGUGCCGAAGGGUAGGCAGGCUGUAAAGAAGGUUUUGAAGGAGUGCGUGACUUGCAAGAAGGCGCAGGGAAAACCCUUUAAAUCCCCACCUGUAGCAGCACUGCCAGACUUCAGAGUUAGAGAGUCCACACCGUUUUCGAAGGUAGGUAUAGAUUUUGCUGGUCCGUUGUUCGUCAAGUCCCAGACAGGAGAAAUGGCGAAGUGUUAUUUAGCAUUGUUCACUUGCUGUGUAACGAGAGCGGUUCAUUUAGACUUGGUUGCUGACCUUACGGCGACUACGUUUGUACGUUGCUUACGAAAAUUUGUCGCGAGGAGAGGGGUUCCAUCUUUAAUCAUUUCAGAUAAUGCCAAGACUUUCAAGGCAUCCGCGAAGGUGAUAAAGCGAUUGUAUGACAACGAAGAGGUGAGGGCACACUUAGAGAGCAAUCGAAUAGACUGGAAAUUUAUUUUGGAACGGGCUCCUUGGUGGGGCGGAUUCUACGAACGAAUGGUUGGAACAGCGAAACGUUGCCUCAGAAAGGUUCUUGGAAAUGCGAAGCUGAAUGCAGACGAAUUAUUGACUGUCUUGACCGAAGUAGAAGCAACCUUGAAUUCACGUCCCCUGACGUAUGAAUAUGACGAAGUUGGAGCUGAAAUGCUCACACCAUCUCACCUGAUAUAUGGACGUCGGUUGCUAAGUUUGCCGGAGGAGGCGAGAAACGAUGAAGAGGAGAGUGAGACAGGCAUUCUCAGAAGGUUCAGGUACCUCGCAAGGUUGAGGAUUCAUUUUUGGAAUCGGUGGAGAAAGGAAUAUCUCACAGAUUUGAGAGAGCAUCACCGUGGUAAAAAGGAAGGUCGAAGCGAUGUAAGUGAAGGUGAAGUGGUCUUAGUGCACGAAGACAAUGUGAAGAGGAGUAACUGGAAAAUGGGGAAGGUUUUAGAGCUGAUUGCAGGCAAAGAUGGCGAGGUAAGAGGUGCUAAAUUGAAACUAAUCACUAAGGGAAAACCCAUCUUUGUCAACAGAGCCGUGCAGAAAUUGUAUCCUUUAGAGGUGUGUAGUGUGACGAGAGAAUCUGAUGAGGGUAACAUAAACCCGGUGGGAAAUGCAGUCAAACAAACCCCUUCGGGGAGGGAAGUCCCACGGCGGGCAGCUGCACUGGAUUCGCGUUGGAGAACACGAGUCAUGCUCGAUCACUAA